GAGAACAUCUUUGAAUGGCAAUUCGCAAUCAGGGGUCCACGAGAUUCUGAGUUUGAAGGGGGGAUUUAUCAUGGACGGAUCCAGUUGCCUGCCGAAUAUCCUUUCAAGCCUCCUUCUUUCAUGCUUUUGACUCCCAAUGGACGUUUUGAAACCCAAACCAAGAUAUGUUUGAGCAUUUCUAAUCAUCACCCUGAGCACUGGCAACCGUCAUGGAGUGUUCGGACUGCGCUGGUAGCUCUGAUUGCAUUUAUGCCCACCAACCCAAAUGGUGCCCUUGGAUCACUAGACUAUACAAAGGAAGAAAGGCGUGCUUUAGCUAUUAAAUCUCGUGAAACGGCUCCAAGAUAUGGAACUCCCGAGCGCCAGAAGCUGAUUGACGAGAUUCAUGAAUACAUGCUAAGCAAAGCACCCCCAGUUCCUCAAGCUACUUCCUUGCCAGCUCAUGAAGAACAGAACAUUAAUGGAGAGGAUGAGGUCCAAGAGAGUCCUGAAAACCCCAGCGCCGAGACUGCUGAGGAAAGGCUUCAUAAUCCAUCUGAUGCUAACACAAAUAUUGAAGAGAGACGCGAAUUGGCUUUAGAUGCAGAACCUGUACCGGCACCUAUAGAGCUCCCUACUGCACGGCCAAGUGAGCCUCGGGUACUGCAUACACCUCAACAGAGCGUCUCGAGGCAGGCUGAUGACCGUAUAUUUACAUGGGCAGCAGUUGGACUCACAAUUGCUAUACUUGUACUUCUGUUAAAGAAAUUCAUGAAAGCUAAUGGCCACGGUGCUGUUUUCAUGGAUGAAUCCUAAAUCUACCAGCAGUAAAUAUGGAGUUCAACAGGGAAUAUGUUUGGCAAUUUACUCCACUUGGGCCAGCUUAUCCAGGAAUAUGUAGUAUAUUUAUCCCUUUGCUGUUGUGACAUCAACUAUAUAGAUCGUGUAAACAUGAAUUACCAUAUGUUAUUUUGACAGAGUUCUUGUAUAGAUAAAAGAGGGUCCUUUUUCUCAGAUGUGAAGGAUCAUGUGAAGAAGUUAAGAUGAAGUAAAGAAAUUUAGUUUCACAUUAGCUUGCUU